UUCAUUUGGGUCCUGCAGGCCUGAAGCUCCUCCCUAAAUCACAUGGACGGCGGGGUGAGGGGGUCGGCGAUGUGCAGUGUGACACCGUUCUAUCAAACGCUUUAGGACUGCAGCAGAUCUGGAUGGACCUGGAUACUUCCUGAAGGUUCUGCUCAGCGGCGCCAUGGUGGACUGGGACUACGACUAUCUGAUCAAGCUGCUGGCGCUGGGCGACUCCGGAGCGGGAAAGACCACCUUCCUGUACAGGUACACCGACAACAAGUUCCACCGCAGGUUCACCACCACGGUGGGCAUCGACUUCAGGGAGAAGAGAGUGGUGUAUCUGGGGACGGGGGCCGAUGGGACGAGUGAGAGGAGCUUCAGAGUCCAUCUUCAGCUGUGGGACACGGCGGGACAGGAGAGGUUCCGCAGCCUCACCACGGCGUUCUUCAGAGACGCCAUGGGCUUCCUGUUGAUGUUCGACCUGACCAACCAGCAGAGCUUCAUGAACGUCAGGAACUGGAUGAGUCAGCUGCAGGCCAACGCGUACUGUGACAGUCCAGACGUGGUGCUGGUGGGCACUAAGGCAGACCUGAAGGACAUGAGGAACGUCCAGGCCAGACAGGCCCGGGAGCUGGUGGAGCGAUACGGCAUCCCUUACUUUGAGACCAGCGCAGUGACCGGCGUGGGCGUGGAACAGGCCGUCACCGCCCUGCUGAACCUGGUGAUGAAGAGGAUGGAGCAGGGGGCGUACGGCUCCGAGCCCAACGGCAGCCGCACCUGCAGCCACGAGGUGGAGGAGGCGCCAGUCAGGAGGAGGUGCGCCUGCUGAUGGAGGAGGAGGAGG